AUGGAGUGGGGUAUGACAGCUGAUGGAAAAUACAGAAUAGAAUCUUUGUCGUCAAAAACAUUUCCGGGUGCAUUAGAAGUUAUUCGGAUUGCUUUUUGUCAAGAUGAAUACGUAUCGAUAGGAAGUGAAGUAAAUAAAAAUCCUAAGGCUGCUGAAGAAUUGCUUGAGCUAUGUGCUGAUGCAGCUCUUGAUGGCGUCUCUUUGGUAGCAGUAGCUGUUGAAACUGGAGAAGUUGCUGCUGCUGCUUUUAAUAAGAUUCAGGUUAAAGCAAAUGACGAAUCUGAGAAACCAUUUUUCGUUAUUUUUUCUGAAGAGCGAUGCACUCAAGCCUCGUCCCGAUCGCUCGUAGAAUUUAUGGCCGACGUUGAUGAGAGAUGCAAUUUAUUUGAAAAAUACAAAGUUGACUGCAGUCUCGAGAUUAUGUUUUUGGCUACAUUACGAAAUCACAGAGGACAAGGCAUAGGAAAACUCCUUACAAAAUAUUCCAUAGAAGUUGCCAGGAAAUUUAAAUACGGUCCAAUUGCACCAUUGUAUGUAAAAGAUCUGGGACCAAAAUAUUCCAAUUUAACUUCUCGCAAACCUAUAAAUACAUAUCCCAAGAUUUGUCAAGCUAUCUGGACUGGAAGAGCUUCACAGAAUGUUGGAAAAGCUCAGAGUUUUACUGUGCACUUGACAGUACCUUAUUCGGAAUUUGUUUUCAAUGGCAAAACUUACGCCGAGCGCAUCGGAGACGAUUCUGCAUUUUGCGAAGUAGCAGCCCUAUCUCUAUAA